CACGCGAGCGUUAACAUGGUGACGACGGCAAGCUGAUGUCAAAAAUGCUUUAGCCGAAAAGUGUCGUGGAGAUUAGCACAUUUCUGAAGAGCACGAGUGAAUAUAAGCGUUUUAAUUGAAAUCGGGAACGAACACGUUGCACCUGGCUGGGAUCUGAUUGCACUGUGCUGGCAGCAGUUCUGCGGAAGAACAGGUAUUAAUGGCAACUGCUGCCCUGAAGUUGGGCGAGCAGAAAGGCGAAAAAAUGGGUUUGCCAUGUGAAAAAGACACUGAUGACCAAUCGGCACAGAUUAACCUUGAGAGUAAAGGAGCGACUCAGGAUUCAGGACACACACCUAGCUCUGAGGGUCCCCCAGGCGUGGACCAGGAAAACCCAGUCAAUACAGAGGGAACCCAAAAGACGCAAGGACCGAAGGCAAAGACUCCCGCCAAAAGGAGAAGAAAGGAGAUCGUUCCACAGACUCCACCACAACAUGACAAUUCAGCAGCCUCUGAUACUUCUGAACUCACUUCUAGUGGUCGGCCCAAGAGGAGAGCUGCGAAAGUUGAGGCUGAAAAAUAUUUGCCCCAAGAGAAAGAAUCCGCUUCUUUUACCUUUACACGGGAAAGCAUCAAGGGACAGAUCAAACUGCAAACAGUGAAGAGGUUUGAAUCAUUGCCACAUCAUUCUGAGCGCUGGGAUGCUCUUUUCUUUGUGGGGGGUCCUGUGCGGUCCUUGGAAUGGUGCCCAUGUCCUGACGGGGCGGCCACAAGACAGUAUGCUGCCAUCUACUGCCACAAAGGCAUGGAUGACAAACACAAAAUCAACAAACUGCACACAGGCCCUGUCUUACUGCAGCUGUGGGAAAUCGGAGACCUUCAGUGCAAAAGCAGGCCCUCGACCACUCCUUAUCUAGCAUAUGCUUUGGCGAUAGAUGACGGAUGCAUCUGGAAUAUAAGGUGGUGUCCUGCGGGAGUGUGGGAACUGCCCUCUACCAGCAGAAAGGCUCCACAGAUGCCUAGAUUAGGUGUUUUAGCAGCAGCUUUCUCUAAUGGAAGCAUUGGUGUCUACAGUCUUCCACACCCAGAAGCCCUUGCAGCACACCAUCAGAGUAAAGGAGAAACCAGCCAAGCACCGCUGAUAUGCCGGGUGAAGAAGGUUCUGACUUUGGAGAUGGGCUCCAACCAGGCAGAUCAUAAAGGCCAAAGUGGUCUGUGCUUUGCUGUGGAUUGGCUCCACGUCAAACCACAUAACCUCUUGGCUGCUGGCUUAUAUGAUGGUCUGGUUGGUUUGUGGGAUCUUGCUAGUAAAUCUACACUACUGAAAGUCAGGUCUCCAGAUGGUGGUGUGUCUCUCUACCCUUACCACUGUUUCCAUGCUCACGAUGAGAACAUCCGGACCCUGUGCUGGUGCAGAGCCUCAAGUAAUUUGUUGGUGACAGUCGGAGAUGACCGCAUGGCUAAAAUGUGGGACGUGAGAAAAACCUACAUGCCUCUUUUGGCAGUAAAGCGCUGCUUGUCCCCUGAAGUGUACUGGCCCCUCUUUUGGAGCGGCAUCCUGAUGGCUCAAGAGUGUUGCUUUGCUACGUUUGGACAACAUGGAGUUCACUAUUUUGAUUCAGGUUACCUUGGAAUCAAGCCUUACUUUGUAUGUCCUAGAAAAGCCACUAUUUGGAGCCUUUCUUUGUCUGACUGGAUAAAUACUUUUGCCGUUGCGGACAAUGGAGGAGAUUGUUUAUUUAGUUUGCUUCCUGAAAUAGACGUCGACCCCAACACUAUCAGACGACGGAGAUAUUCAGUGUACAGGACUGACAUGGUCCAGUUUGAACCCGGUCAGAGGCCUGGAGAUGAGGAACAGGAGGAGGAGGAAGUGGAAAAUGCUGCAAGUAAUCCUAGGAAGGAGCCACUGAGCUACAAAGGAGCAAUCAGAAAAUACUAUCUCCACUUUCAUGACUUGGAUCUGGGGACCUAUGCUAAGAAUGAAAAUCGGCCCAUGAUGAAGCACCUGCACCAGCAUGAGGUCAAAGGUGUUGCUAAAGUGGACCAGAUGCCACUGAGCGUGCUCUACAAGGUCCGUUUUAACCCAAACAUGGAUGCAUACAACUGGAUCCUGUCAGGCGGGCAGUCGGGUUUGGUGCAUGUGAAUUGUGCACGUGGACUGAGCUGCUCCGUGAUGCUCAAGCAGUUGCGUGAAGCUCAAGCCCAGUUUAGCGCCAUGUUCCAGUCUCAGGAGCCCGAUGACUCUGCAACAGCUGUCCGUCACAGCACAGCGGAUACCGUACAAGUGCACUAGUCUCCACCCCCACACCCUCUCAGCUCUAUCCUGAAAUUGUCUGUGCUGUCAUAAUAGGCUGGGAGACUUUUAUGUUUAGAAGACUGAUGACACACUUUUUAUACUUAACUUAUAUUGAAAGAAGGAAAACUAUUUUGAUAAGCCUCUGCAUAUUCCUGUUUUUAUAUUUUUGUGCAUUUUGUUUUUAGUACUGUACAGAGAGGAAAACCUUUUGAACUUCUUUUCACCAUUGUGAAACUCAGACAGAAAGUCUGUUUGUGUUGUUUUUAAGUUUAGUAUCUCGACACGUUCUUCUUUCCAAAGUAUGUGUGGAGAAUGAAAUCCUCAGCACUUAUAUACCUGUGCCAUUUACAGGGAGCAUUAUUCUCUGUUUCCUCCUGUUCCAGUUCAGUGCUAUAUUAUGAUCAAACAUAUCCAUCUUGACAUUUAGUGAGAAAACAUUGGAUUGAAUCUUUGAUAUUUACUAGCCUGUUCUCUUAGCUAUCAUAUCAAGAUGUUUUUUUCCCCUUUAGCUCUAGCUUUCUUACCCUGAAUCUUCAUUUUAAAGGAAUAGUAACACAAAAAUUAAACAUCAUCAUGAUGUCGUUCCAAACCUUUAUGA